UUCCGCCAUCGUCGUCACUCACAGUCACUAAUAAUACUAGUAUACGCCAUUUUUCCUUUGUCGUUCGCUUACGCUUGUUUGGUCACUGAUCGUUACAACUGUCAACGAAGAUUCCACGUAAUCUCACGCAUCUUACUACAAGGACCGGAGACGUGACGUUCGAGAGGGAAGAAUGAGUUACGGUAGGCCACCGCCCCGCAUCGACGGGAUGGUUUCCCUGAAAGUCGACAAUCUCACGUAUAGGACGACGCCGGAAGAUCUGAGGCGCGUGUUCGAGCGAUGCGGCGAGGUUGGCGACAUUUAUAUUCCCCGGGAUCGCUUCACGCGCGAAAGCCGCGGCUUUGCGUUUGUCAGAUUUUAUGAUAAGCGCGAUGCGGAAGACGCAUUAGAUGCCAUGGACGGAAGACUGUUGGACGGUAGGGAACUCCGAGUUCAAAUGGCACGGUACGGACGUCCGACAUCUCCGCAUCGUAGCCGUGGAAGUCGUCGUCGUGGAAGAUCACGAAGUAGAAGUAGAGAUCGCAGGCGUUCGCGAUCUCGAUCCCGUAGUAGGUCGCGUAGUCGUGACAGAGACCGCAGGCGCUCUUACAGCCGCAGCCGUAGUCGCUCUCGUUCGGACAGCAAGAGCUCACGUGGCAAAUCACGCUCGCGUAGCAAAUCUCAGGACAGGCAGAAAGACAGUCGUUCCAAAUCCAGGGACUGAACUAAUUGAAGAGUGUGCGAGAGGAUAAGAAUGAAUGCGCGCGUAUCCAACGAGUGCUGAAUAAUCUAUAUUGAGAUUGAGAAAAAAAGGUAUUCCAUUACCCU